AAGCGUUAAGCUUUUGUAUUAUUCAUAUUCUCUGAAAAUAAAAGAAGCCUCUGAUUAUCUUUCAGAAGCACAAAACAAAAAACUUAAAAUUUUCUUUCUGUAUAAUCAAAGAGAACCGGACGUGUGUGUUUAGUUCAGUCUGGGGAUUUGGUGUUUGAGAAAAAUCCUUGAGGAAUUUUGGAGGCGGAUCUCUCUUCUGCAAUUGGGAGCUCUUCGUUGCGAAUUUGAUGGAUACCAAUAACUGGAUGUCUACUCCUCCCAGUGGAGAGCCCACCAUGGACACAGGUGAUUGGAGAACCCAGUUGCAGCCAGUUUCACGACAGAGAAUCGUCAAUAAGGUAAUGGAUACACUGAAGAGGCACCUUCCAUUUUCUGGUCAAGAGGGUUUAAAUCAAGAGGGUUUAAAUGAACUCAGGAAAAUAGCUGUAAGGUUUGAGGAAAAGAUUUUUACUGCAGCAACCAGCCAGUCUGACUACCUAAAGAGAAUAUCUUUGAAGAUGCUUACAAUGGAGAACAGGUCUCAGAGUACUGUACCCAAGACAGGGAAUAAAAGCAUACCGCCUGAUCCAGGUUCUCAGGGCAUGCAGAACCAAGUUCACAGUCAAGGGCAACCAAUUCCUAUUUCUUUACAAAGUAAUCAAUCUCAAGCACAACUGUUACCCCAGAGUGUCCCGAAUAACAUGGCGUCUGCUGGAGUUCAAAGUUCUGCUGGUUUACAAUCUGGAAUGCCUGACGUCUCUGGUCUAACCCUGAAUCCUGUACCUGAUGUUGUAGAACAACAUGAAUAG